AUGCUAAAGUAGACAUCUGCUCAUUUAUAUGGGCACGCAUGCUAGCAUGACUCCUCUAUCCUUGAAAAAAUCAUGCCACAAGAGUAUUACGAUUCUAUUGAGGAAAUAAGCUUAAAAAGAAAAUUGGCAGGAGGAACUCCUUAACCUUUUAGAGUUACUAUAGAUCCCUCCUAUUUAGAUGAUCCUGCCAAUGGAAGUGGCAUGGAUUCCACAAAAAAAAACUAUAUUAUCAAGAUUAUGAAUACAGCAUAAAUGUUCCUUAAGAAUUUCAUCAAGGUAAUUCCUCGAACAACACCUAUUAAAAAGAGAGGUUCAGCAACAUGCUACGAUAUAAAUGUUCCUGCUGCUCUAUAAAGUACUGGAGUUAGUAAUAGUGAUCUUCAUAUUUUAGUAACUUUUGAAAAUACACCUAGUAGUUCAGCUUUAGCUAAUGCAGUUGCUUGUGACUACGACCCUGGUCCUAUUGUUGGUAGAAUUAAAUUUAAUAUUGGCACAAUGAAAAAUAUUGGAACAACUACUUAGGCUUUCGAAUCAGAUUUUGCAACAGCUAUUCAUGAAUUAACUCAUGUAUUAGGCUUUUCUUCUAGCGCUAUGCAGUAUUGGAUUGAUCCAGAUACAAAUCAACCCUAUUUAGCUAAUGUUGGAAAAAUUUAGGUCAAAGAUACUGUAAGAGGAGUUAGUAAUGUUAUAAAACUAAAGUCUAAAAAUGUUCUUGAUACCGCAAGGAGAUAUUACAAUUGCCCAUCUCUAGACUCUGUACCAUUAGAAAAUUAAGGUGGAUCAGGUUCUUUUGGUUCUCAUUGGGAAAGAGAUUUGAUUCAAAAUGAAUAUAUGACAGCUAGCGCUAUUUUAGGCCAUGCAAUAAUUUCAGAAUUUACAGCUGCUUUACUUGUAGAUACAGGAUUUUAUGCCGAAAUAAAUUCAAAUAUGGUAGAAAAAGGAUAUUGGGGUAGGGGGAAAGGCUGUGAUUUUAUAAAUAAAUCUUGUGAUGAUACAAAUUAAUAAUACCCUGAGUUUAGUUAUGAUAAUAAGGUUAAGUGUGAUUUCUAUUCAGUUGGAUACGGUACCCUUGCAAGUGAUUAGUUUUCUCAAUGUAAGGUUAUUUAAGACUAUUCAAAUGGAUAAUGUUUUGAUGAUACUCAAAUGGCACCUAAUAUUAUUACAAGAAAUAAUUCAGGUUCAGGAUCUAAAUGUUUUAUUUCUACUUCUUUAGAUAAAAGGUAUAACAUAUCUGGUGAUAAUGGGAUUAGAUGCCAUAAAUAUACAUGUAAUGCAGAUAAUUCAGCAAUAAGCGUUAAUUUAUGGAAAGAUGCUAGUCUUAAUAUUUAAAUUAAUUGCAGUUCUUAGAAUCAAGUUAUUGAUUUAACCACUGUCUCUGCAGAUACAAAAGGUAGUUUAACAUGUCCAGCAGAUUUUAGUUUAUUUUGCAGUUUUCCUAAAUCUUGUAUAAACUUUUGUAGUGGAAAUGGUAUUUGCUCAAAUGCUGUAUGCUAUUGCUUAGAUGGGUUUGCAGGUGAAGAUUGCUCUAAAUCAUGCCCUUCACCUUAAGUAUGGGAUGGCACCUAAUGUGUGUUGAAUUGCACUGGAACUUCUUUUUUAAACCCUGAUAAUACUUGCAAACCUACUUGUCCUAAGGCUUACUUUAAGAAUACUAAUAAAAAUACAUGCGAUAUAUGUAAUAAAGCAUGCAGUAUCUGUACAGAUUCUUCUAAUUCUUCUUGUAGUGAAUGUAACUCUCCAUAUGUAUUGAAAGGAACAACUUGUUAAGAUCCAUCAGCUGUAAUAACUUGCGAUUCUACAUGUCUUACUUGCAGUGGCUCUGCUAAUAACUAGUGUUUAACUUGUUCUGAUGGAAGAUUUUUAGAUUCAUAAAAUUAGUGCACACUUUGUUAAUCUCCUUGCAAAAACUGUACAGACUCAGCAACUAAAUGCACAAGCUGUAUUACCGACUAUACUUUUAAUUCAUCAACCAAUACUUGCUCACCUAUAUGCGAUUUAAGUUGCCUAACUUGCUCUUCCCCAAAAGAUGCUACUAAAUGUUUGAGUUGUAGCGAUGGUUAUUUUUUAUCAUCUGGCAAAUGUUAAUAAUGCUCAUCUCCUUGCUCUAAAUGUGUAGAUUCUGCUUCUAAAUGUUUAUCUUGCAUAACAAAUUAUACUUUUGACAAUCCAUCAAACUCAUGUAAGCCUAAUUGUGACUCUUCUUGCAAAACAUGCUCAUAACCUAUUGACCAAAAUAAUUGCUUGAGCUGUAAUGAUGGAUCAUUCUUAGAUGGCACAAAAUGUUCACCAUGUUCUUCACCUUGUAAAACAUGCGACUCAUCAUCUACAAAAUGCCUAUCUUGUAUAGCAAAUUAUACAUAUGAUAAUACUAAAAAUAUUUGUAAUCCUGUUUGUGAUUCUUCAUGCAAAAAUUGUAGUAAACCCAAUGAUCUGAAUUCUUGUACUUCUUGUAAUGAUGGAUCUUUUCUUGAUGGAAGUAAGUGCUCUCCCUGCACGUUACCAUGUAAAACUUGUGACACAUCAUCAACAAAGUGUCUUUCUUGUAUUACAGAUUAUACAUAUGAUAGUUCUAAUAAUUAGUGUAAUCCUAAUUGCGAUGCUUCUUGUAAAACUUGUUCUAAACCUAAAGACCCAAAUUCUUGUUUAAGUUGCAGUGAUGGUUCUUUCUUAGAUGGUGCAAAGUGUUCUAUUUGUACUUCACCUUGUAAAACAUGUGACUCGUUAUCUACAAAAUGUUUUUCAUGUGUUGCAAAUUAUACUUAUGAUAGUUCUAAAAAUACUUGUAGCCCUAUAUGCGAUUCUUCAUGCAAAAAUUGCAGUAAACCUAAUGAUCCAAAUGCUUGUACUUCUUGUAAUGAUGGUUCUUUCCUUGAUGGAAAUAAAUGUACUGUCUGUACACCACCUUGUAAAACAUGUGAUACAUAAGCAACAAAGUGUUUAUCUUGUAUUACAGAUUAUACAUAUGAUAGUUCUAAAAAUUAGUGUAAUCCUGACUGUGAUAUUUCAUGUAAGACAUGCUAAAAGCCUAAAGAUGCUAAUCAGUGUUUGAGUUGCAACGAUGGAGCUUUCCUAGAUGGAACUAAAUGUACUUUGUGUACUUCACCUUGUAAAACAUGUGAUACUUUAUCUACUAAAUGCUCAUCUUGUGUUACUAAUUACACUUAUGAUAACUCAAAAAAUUAAUGUAAUCCUGACUGUGACGCCUCUUGUAAAACUUGUUCAAAUCCAAAAGAUGCUAAUCAGUGUUUAAGUUGUAACGAUGGAGCUUUUCUUGAUGGUACAAAAUGUACUUUAUGUACUCCACCUUGUAAAACUUGCGAUACUUCUUCAUCUAAAUGCUUAUCAUGCAUUCCAAGUUAUUAACUUGAUAAUUCAAAUAAUAAAUGCAACCCUACAUGUGAUGUUUCAUGUAAAACGUGCUCAUAGCCUAUUGAUCCAAAUUCAUGUCUGAGCUGCAAUGAUGGAUUCUUUUUAGAUGGGACAAAAUGCUCAGCAUGUUCCUCACCUUGUAAAACAUGUGACUCUUCAUCUACAAAAUGCUUAUCAUGUGUUGCAAAUUAUACUUAUGAUAGUUCUAAAAAUACUUGUAGCCCUAUAUGCGAUUCUUCCUGCAAAAAUUGCAGUAAACCUAAUGACCCAAACGCUUGUACUUCUUGUAAUGAUGGAUCUUUCCUUGAUGGAAAUAAAUGUACUGUCUGUACAUCACCUUGUAAAACAUGCGAUACACAAGCAACAAAGUGCUUAUCUUGUAUAACAGAUUAUACAUAUGAUAGUUCUAAAAAUUAAUGUAAUCCUGACUGUGAUAUCUCAUGUAAAACAUGCUCAAAACCUAAAGAUGCUAAUUAGUGUUUGAGUUGUAAUGAUGGAGCCUUUCUUGAUGGAACAAAAUGUACUUUGUGUACUUCACCUUGUAAAACAUGUGAUACUUUAUCUACUAAAUGCUCAUCUUGUGUUACUAAUUACACUUAUGAUAACUCAAAAAAUUAAUGUAAUCCUGACUGUGAUAUCUCAUGUAAAACAUGCUCAAAACCUAAAGAUGCUAAUUAGUGUUUGAAUUGUAAUGAUGGAGCCUUUCUUGAUGGAACAAAAUGUACUUUAUGUACUUUACCUUGUAAAACAUGUGAUACUGUUUCUACUAAAUGCUCAUCUUGUGUUACUAAUUAUACUUACGAUAGCUCAAAAAAUUAAUGUAAUCCUGACUGUGACGCCUCAUGUAAAACUUGUUCAAAUCCAAAAGAUGCUAAUCAGUGUUUAAGUUGUAACGAUGGAGCUUUUCUUGAUGGUACAAAAUGUACUUUAUGUACUCCACCUUGUAAAACUUGCGAUACUUCUUCAUCUAAAUGCUUAUCAUGCAUUCCAAGUUAUUAACUUGAUAAUUCAAAUAAUAAAUGCAACCCUACAUGUGAUGUUUCAUGUAAAACGUGCUCAUAGCCUAUUGAUCCGAAUUCAUGUUUGAGCUGCAAUGAUGGAUUCUUUUUAGAUGGGACAAAAUGCUCAGCAUGUUCCUCACCUUGUAAAACAUGUGACUCUUCAUCUACAAAAUGCUUAUCAUGUGUUGCAAAUUAUACUUAUGAUAGUUCUAAAAAUACUUGUAGCCCUAUAUGCGAUUCUUCCUGCAAAAAUUGCAGUAAACCUAAUGACCCAAACGCUUGUACUUCUUGUAAUGAUGGAUCUUUCCUUGAUGGAAAUAAAUGUACUGUCUGUACAUCACCUUGUAAAACAUGUGAUACAUAAGCAACAAAGUGUUUAUCUUGUGUUACAGAUUAUACAUAUGAUAGUUCUAAAAAUUAGUGUAAUCCUGACUGUGAUAUCUCAUGUAAAACAUGCUCAAAACCUAAAGAUGCUAAUCAGUGUUUGAGUUGUAAUGAUGGAGCUUUUCUUGAUGGAACAAAAUGUACUUUGUGUACUUCACCUUGCAAAACAUGUGAUACUUUAUCUACUAAAUGCUCAUCUUGUGUUACUAAUUACACUUAUGAUAACUCAAAAAAUUAAUGUAAUCCUGACUGUGAUAUCUCAUGUAAAACAUGCUCUAAGCCUAAAGAUGCUAAUUAGUGUUUGAGUUGUAAUGAUGGAGCCUUUCUUGAUGGAACAAAAUGUACUUUAUGUACUUUACCUUGUAAAACAUGUGAUACUAUUUCUACUAAAUGCUCAUCUUGUGUUACUAAUUAUACUUACGAUAGCUCAAAAAAUUAAUGUAAUCCUGACUGUGACGCCUCAUGUAAAACUUGUUCAAAUCCAAAAGAUGCUAAUCAGUGUUUAAGUUGUAACGAUGGAGCUUUUCUUGAUGGUACAAAAUGUACUUUAUGUACUCCACCUUGUAAAACUUGCGAUACUUCUUCAUCUAAAUGCUUAUCAUGCAUUCCAAGUUAUUAACUUGAUAAUUCAAAUAAUAAAUGCAACCCUACAUGUGAUGUUUCAUGUAAAACGUGCUCAUAGCCUAUUGAUCCAAAUUCAUGUCUGAGCUGCAAUGAUGGAUUCUUUUUAGAUGGAACCAAAUGCUCAGCAUGUUCCUCACCUUGUAAAACAUGUGACUCUUCAUCUACAAAAUGCUUAUCAUGUGUUGCAAAUUAUACUUAUGAUAGUUCUAAAAAUACUUGUAGCCCUAUAUGCGAUUCUUCCUGCAAAAAUUGCAGUAAACCUAAUGACCCAAACGCUUGUACUUCUUGUAAUGAUGGAUCUUUCCUUGAUGGAAAUAAAUGUACUGUCUGUACAUCACCUUGUAAAACAUGCGAUACACAAGCAACAAAGUGCUUAUCUUGUAUAACAGAUUAUACAUAUGAUAGUUCUAAAAAUUAAUGUAAUCCUGACUGUGAUAUCUCAUGUAAAACAUGCUCAAAACCUAAAGAUGCUAAUUAGUGUUUGAGUUGUAAUGAUGGAGCCUUUCUUGAUGGAACAAAAUGUACUUUAUGUACUUUACCUUGUAAAACAUGUGAUACUGUUUCUACUAAAUGCUCAUCUUGUGUUACUAAUUACACUUAUGAUAACUCAAAAAAUUAAUGUAAUCCUGACUGUGAUAGUUCAUGCAAAAGCUGUGUUGCUCCAAAAGAUCCAACAAAAUGUUAAGAAUGUAAUAAAGGUUCUUAUUUAUCAAGUGGUUAAUGUUUGAAAUGUAACUCUUCAUGUAAUGAAUGUGUUGAUAAUGAUUCGAAAUGUACAAGUUGCUUGCCAGAUUAUAGCUUUGAUAGUUUAAAAAAUAUAUGUACACCUAUUUGUGAUAGUUCUUGUAAGACAUGUUUAUAUCCUAAAGAUUCUACCAAGUGUACUUCGUGUUAAGAUGGAAGUUUUUUAUUUAAUGGAAAAUGUUCCCCAUGCAAAUUACCCUGUAGCACAUGUGAAAAUAAAGAAGAUUAAUGCUUAUCUUGCUAAAUAAAUUAUACAUUUGACCAUGUUAAUAAGAUUUGUUAAGCUGAUUGCGAUUCCAGUUGUAAAACAUGUUCUUCUCCCAAAGAUUCAAACUCAUGUUUAUCUUGUUAAGAUGGGUAUUUUUUAAGUGGCAAAUAGUGUAUACCAUGCAGCAGUCCAUGCAAAACCUGCAAUGUUAGCUCCACUACAUGUUUAUCUUGUAUAUCAGACACUGAUUAUUAAUAUAAAUCAGCAUCUAAUAAAUGUGAACCAAUUUGUGACUUAUCGUGUUUGACAUGUAGUGAACCAAAAAAUCCUUUUAAAUGCAUUUCUUGUAAUGAUGGCACAUAUUUAAAUUCUAAUUAAUGUUAAAAAUGUCAAGCACCUUGCUUAACUUGUUAAAAUUUAUCAACUUAGUGCUUGUCUUGCAUAGAUUCCAAGUAUACUUAUGACAGUACUACAAACACUUGUAAAUCUAUAUGCCACGCUAGCUGUAAGACAUGCACUAAUCCAGAUGAUGCUAAUGCUUGUAGCUCUUGUUUUGAUGGUUCAUUUUUAAAUGGAUCUACUUGCCAACAAUGCUAAGCCCCAUGUUAAAAUUGUUAAAAUACUGGAAGUAAUUGCCUAUCAUGCAUCGCAGGAUAUUAAUUUAAAUCAUCAAACACUUGUGAAAUAAUAUGUUCUAGCUCAUGCUAAUCUUGUUCAAAACCAUUAGAUGAUAAAUCAUGUACUAGCUGUUCUGAUGGAUACUUUUUAUCAGGUACCUAAUGCCUACCAUGCUAAGCUCCUUGCUAAAAUUGUGUAGACUCUGCUAAUAAGUGUUUAAGCUGUAUAUCUUAAACAGAUUAUAAAUUUGUAGUAUCUAAUAAUUCAUGCUAAAUGAUUUGCGAUUCUACAUGUAAAACAUGCAGUGAGCCAAAUAAUCCAUUAAAAUGUUAAGAUUGUUUAGAUGGGAGCUAUUUAUUAAAUGGGGAGUGUAAAAAAUGCACAUCUCCAUGUGGAAAUUGCUAAACAAGUCCUUCUAAAUGUUUUUCUUGCAUUAGCUCUGAUUAUACCUUAAAUGCUAGUAGUAAUACAUGUGAACCUGUAUGUGAUAGCUCAUGUAAACUUUGUUCUUCUCCUAAAGAUUCUUCUAAAUGUACUACUUGUCAAGAUGGAUUUUACUUUGAUGGAGGAUUUUGUAAAAAGUGCUCAUUACCUUGCUCAAAGUGCAUUGAUAACGAUUAAAAGUGUACUUAAUGUAUUGAUAAUGUUAAUUAUAAGUUCGAUGCUCCUACAAAUAAGUGUAUCAAAUAAUGCCAUUCUUCGUGUAAAGAUUGUUCAGAUCCAUAAGAUAUUUCUAAGUGUAUUUCUUGCAAUGAUGGAUUUUAUUUAGAUUCUGGUUAUUGCAAAAAAUGUACCUCACCUUGCAAUACUUGUAAAAAUUCAUCUGAAUGUUUGACGUGUUAAUCUGGAUACACUCUUGACAUUUCCUCUAAUCAAUGUUAACCUUAAUGCGAUUCAUCUUGUUUAACUUGCAGUAAACCAAACGAUGCAAACUCCUGCUAAUCAUGCAAAGAUGGUUCAUUUUUGAAUAACUUAUCAUAAUGUUUAUCUUGUAAAUCUCCAUGCUCAAAAUGUAAUGGGUCUGCAGAUAAAUGUACAGCUUGUAUUACAAAUUAUAAUUUAAAUAAUUCGUUAUAAUAAUGCUCUCCAAUUUGUGAUUCAAGUUGCAAAACUUGCUCAGAGGCUAAAGAUGCAUCAAAAUGCUUAUCUUGUAAUGAUGGAUUUUAUUUAGAUUCAGGAAUGUGCAAAAAGUGUAUCUCACCAUGUAGUAAUUGUAAAAAUAGUACUUAAUGCUUGACUUGUGAAACGGGAUACACUUUAGACGUUGCUUCUAGUUAGUGCCUACCUCAGUGUGAUUCAUCUUGUUUAACUUGCAGCAAACCGAAUGACGCAAACUCAUGUUUAUCAUGCAAAGAUGGUUCAUUUUUGAAUGGUUUAUCAUAAUGCUAACCUUGUAAAUCUCCAUGCUCAAAAUGUAAUGGAUUAGCAGAUAAAUGUACAGCUUGUAUUACAAAUUAUAAUUUAAAUAUUUCAUUACAGUCAUGCUCUCCAGUUUGUGAUUCAAGUUGUAAAACUUGCUCAGAGGCUCAAGAUGCUUCAAAAUGCUUAUCAUGUUAAGAUGGUUUUUUCUUAAUCUCAAAUACAUGCUAAAAAUGUAAGCAACCAUGCUAAACAUGCUAAGAUCAAGCAGAUAAAUGUUUAUCUUGUAUUUCAAAUGAUUUUAAGUAUGAUGCAUUGCAAUUUAAGUGCACUUCAAGUUGUCAUUCUUCAUGCAAAACUUGUACUGGGCCUUCUUAAUCAAAUUGUACAAGUUGUUUUGACAGUUUUUAUUUAGAUAAUAAUUAAUGCUAAACAUGUCUUUCACCCUGUGAUAAUUGCUCAAUAUCUCAAGACAACUGCACAUCUUGUAUAAAUGGCUAUAAUUUAAAUAGUAAUAAAUGUGAAAUAAUUUGCGAUUCUUCUUGCCAAACCUGCUCUGCUCCUAAAAGCCCAAACAGUUGUACUAGCUGUAAAGAUGGAUUUUACUUAGAUAAAGGUCAAUGUAAACCUUGUUAAUCUCCUUGCUCAAAAUGCUCUAGCUCCGAAACUUAAUGCACAGAUUGUAUUUCAAAUUAUAAAUUAGCAUCUAAUUAAUGUAUACCUAUAUGUGAUAAAUCAUGCAAAAAUUGCUCAAAACCUAUUGAUAGUAACUUUUGUUUGAGUUGUUUUGAUGGAUAUUAUUUGAGUGGCUCUUAAUGUCUAAAAUGUAACAGCCCAUGUGAAACUUGUGAAACAAAUUCUUCAAAAUGUUUAACCUGUCAAACAGGAUAUUAAUUAAGUCUAAAAAAUCCAAACACUUGUGAGCCUUCAUGCGAUUCUUCUUGUUUAACUUGUUCUUCAAAUUCAAAUCCAAAUGCUUGCUUAUCAUGCCCAGAUGGAAGAUAUUUAGAAAGUAAUCAAUGUAAAUUGUGUCCAGUAAAUUGUCUUACUUGCUCUAGCAUUUCCAAAUGUGAAAGCUGUAAAUUAAAUUAUGGUCUUGAUUUAAAAACAGGAUCUUGUCAAUUAAUCUGCGAUAAAUCUUGUCUAUCUUGCAGCCUUCCAAAUAAUCCAAAAGCUUGUCUAAGUUGUACUUCAAACAAAAUAUUAAUUGAUGGCAGCUGUUAAGAUUGCCCAUAGGGUCAAUAUUUUAAUUUGAACCAAUGCUCAAAAUGUUCAAGCAACUGUAAAAUUUGUAAAGAUUCCAAUACAUGCAAUAUUUGUGAAGAUGGAUAUUCUUUAGACUCAAACAAAUCAUGCAAAGAAAAUUCUCAAAGUUAUAAAUGUCAUUAUACUUGUAAUACUUGUUUAGGUACUUUAUACUCUCAUUGUACGUCUUGCGCAGGAAAUAGAGUCCUAAAUAACAAAUCUGACAAGACCAAAGCUUCAUAAAUUGUUGGAACUUGUGACUGCCCAUCUGGAACAUCCGAUUUUAAUUAGCCUUUUUGUGAUUAAUCUAAAAUGUAAGAGUCUAUUAAAACCACAGAAACUGCAUUCUUAAUCUCAUCAGGAUCCACAACAACUGUUUUAGCUAUUGUAUCUGCAAACCCACUGAUUUUAGGAAGUUUAAUAGAAUUCAGUUAGACUAUAAGCUUUUUCACCUAUAUUAAUGAGAAACCCGCUCUAGGUUUUGAUGAUGUAGCCUAAAACUUGUAUAUAGCUCAUAUAACUAAAAUAUUUAACUUCGAUGGAAUGAGAAAAAAUAAAUCUUCUAGACUUUUAUAAAGUACUUCUUCAUAAAAUUAAUUAGGUGAACAAGGAUUUAAUAACAAUUCAAAGAUACCACUUAAUGAUAAAUAUCCAGAAUUCGUUGUAAAUGCUUUAGCAAUUUUAGUUCUUACUGGCUUAGCUUGGUUAUUGUCUGCCUUAACAAGCAUCAUCACUAUCUAAGAUCCAAACUCAUUUACUGCAAAAAUUAAAAAAAUAUUUUGCAUAUCAUUUACAAUUUGUAUAUUUGUGUUAACAAGUCAAGAGUUUAGCUUGUUAAUAUUUUUCUAAUUCUAAUAGCUAGGUAUGGAAAAUUAAAUAGACACUGCCAGUGCUUUCUUAUCCUUCAUUGUUUUUGCUUAUAUAUUAGGAUUUUUAGGAUAUCUUUUCUAUAAAUUAAAUUAUUAAUAAGUUUUAACUAAACCUAUGUUUAUAGCUUAAUCUGCAUUAAAAACUUCUGCAAAAGUGCAUCCUAUAUUUGGAGUUGAUAUUUCUCAAGCAAAGGAGGAAAAAACAAUAACAAACCCUGAUUAUUAUACCUUCUAUAUCCUUCAUUUAUAUAUAAAGCAGAACUCUUUCUUAAAUCGAGCUUUUAUUCAAAUAAUAGUGAUUAGAAAAAUUAUUACUUCUGUUAUUAUGACUUUUGGAUAUUAAAAUCCUAUUACAUAAGUUAGUAUACUAUUAGCACUAUACUUUAUGUAUUGGCUUUACAUAAUUUUGAGCAGACCGUUUAAAGAAGUUAAGCAUAUGAUAUUAUACUCGGUUAUUGAAACAAUAACUUUAAGCAUGUAUAUUUUAUACUUAAUACUUCUCAACAACGAAUCAGAUAAUGAAAAGCAGAAAACAAUUUCUUUGGUGAUGUUAAUUCUCAUUCUUGUAGCUUUAUUAUUUUAUCUAUUAGUUUCCUUUAUUUAUCUUGUCUUAUUUGCUGUAUAAUGCCUCAAAAAAUGUGGCGAUAAACAAAAUGAUAUUGCUGUUGUAAAUAUAUCCAAUCACUUUGAAAAAGAUUAAAGCAAUGCUCAGUUUAAUUAAUAACCUAUUUAAGAAUCAAAGAUAUAUACUAAGCCUUUGGAUAUGAGUUAUAAUCCAAAUAGUUAGUAACAUAAAAUUGUAAGUUAUGUAUAACAUGAUAAAAUGAACUGUAGUGUGACUAAUAACCAAUCAAUCAUCUAAGAAAACUAAAAUCUUUCUAAGCAAAUCAUAUCAGAUACAGUAUUUUUAGAAAGUCCUGAUAGAAGCAAAUAAAAUAUUAAUAUUAUAUAAUAGCAACCAUAAUAAGAUAACAUUAACACAACAAACCGCAUAAGACUUAUAUAAGGUUAUUAAAUCGAUAAAUUAUAGCCAUAAGAUGAUAUACUUCCUGAAAAAAUAUCAUAAUCAAAGAUACCAGACGUUUUUAAUGAGCCUUUGAAUUACUCUAGGGCUAGAAAAGCUAGAAAAUUUUAAGACAUAUUUUGA